AUGACUACUCUGACCUCUGACCUUAGCCUAACAGAGAACAUCACCACCAUCAUCCGACCCCCUUACUUCUACAUCAGUGGAUUCACAGGGAUCCCCCACAUGAAGUACUACUAUGUCUUCCUCUCCCUGGUAUACAUCAUCUCUCUGAUGGGCAAUACCUUCAUCAUGAUCGUCAUCUAUGUGGAUCAGAGUCUCCACAGCCCCAAGUACAUUGCAGUGUUGAACCUGGCAUUCACGGACAUAUGCGAGACCACAGCCUUGGUCCCCAAGGUCCUGGAUAUGUUCCUGUUCGGCAGACAGUUCAUCUCCUACGACCAAUGCCUCACCAACCUAUUUUUCGUCUUUGUCUUCCUCACCAUGCAGUCCUUCAACCUCACCAUCCUCUCCUAUGACAGACUGGUGGCCAUCUGCUGUCCACUCAGGUACCACAUGUUAGUGAGUCACAGAUCCAUGUUUCAGCUGACCGGUGCUGCCUGGGCGUUUGCUGUGUUCAUUAUUUUGAUCCUUGUUGGAUUCAUCACACGCCUCUCCUUCUGUGGGUCUGUGGUGAUCAACAGCUACUUCUGUGACCAUUAUCCUCUGUUCAGUCUGGCAGCCCCCUGUUCUGAUGUACUUCCUAACGAUGUGAUGUCAUACCUUGACCCUGUAGUAGUCCUCUAUAUUCCCAUGGUCUUCAUCAUAGCAUCUUACGUCUGUAUCAUCCACGCCCUCUUCACCAUCACACUUCCCAAGGACAGAAUCAGAGCCAUGAAGACCUGCACAUCUCAUCUUAUACUAGUGGCCAUAUUCUACCUGCCUAUUAACAUCACGUAUAUAUUCAGCUCAUUCAUACCCACCAACAUACGUAUCAUCAACCUCUCCCUGACCUCUGUUCUGCCUCCCAUGCUGAACCCCAUCAUAUACGUUCUGAAGACAGAGGAGUUCAAGGAAUCAUCCAAGAGGCUCCUCAAAAGAGUUGCUCAGAGAACUGUGGGUCCGGUCAAAUCAACAUAA